UUUCUCCGAAGAUAUUCCGUAUUUCGAGUGACAUCGUUGUGAACGAAGGAAGCAAUGUUACUCUGGUGUGCCUGGCCACGGGGAAGCCAGAGCCUUCCAUUUCUUGGAGACACAUCUCUCCGUCCGCAAAACCCUUUGAGAGCGGGCAGUACCUGGACAUCUAUGGAAUUACAAGAGACCAGGCUGGAGAAUAUGAAUGCAGUGCAGAAAAUGAUGUCUCAGUCCCAGAUGUGAGAAAAGUAAAAGUCACAGUAAACUUUGCCCCCACAAUUCAGGAACUUAAAUCCAGCGGUGUGAUGCUUGGAGGGAACGGACUGAUACGGUGCGAAGGUGCAGGAGUUCCUGCCCCGGUCUUUGAGUGGUACAAAGGAGAGAGGAAACUGAUCAAUGGUCAACAAGGAAUUACUAUUAAAAAUUAUAGUACAAGAUCACUUCUUACUGUUACCAAUGUGACAGAAGAGCAUUUUGGCAACUAUACAUGUGUCGCUGCCAACAAGCUAGGGACGACCAAUGCCAGCCUGCCUCUCAACCAAAUUAUUGAGCCUACUACCUCUAGUCCUGUCUCAAGCCCAGCUCCCAGUACAGCCCAGUACGGGAUCACUGGUGACGCCGAAGUCCUCUUCUCCUGCUGGUACCUUGUGUUGACACUGUCCUCCCUCACCAGCAUAUUCUACCUGAAGAACAUCAUUCUGCACUAAAUGUAAAGACCCAUAAAAGGCUUUUAAGGAUUCUCUGAAAGUGCUGAUGACUGGAUCCAAUCUGGUAGAGUUUGUUAAAAGCAGCGUGGGAUAUAAUCAGCAGUGCUUACAUGGGGAUGAUCGCCUUCUGUAGAAUUGCUCAUUAUGUAAAUACUUUAAUUCUACUCCUUUUUUUGAUUAGCUGCAUUACCUUGUGAAGCAGUACACAUUGUCCUUUUUUAAGACGUGAAAGCUCUGAAAUUACUUUUAGACGAUAUUAAUUGUGAUUUCAUGUUUGUAAUCUACAAGUUUUCAAAAGCAUUCAGUCAUGGUCUGCCGAGUUGCAGACCAUAGUUUACAAAAAAAAAAAAAAUAUUGCAGUAAAAAUGUGCUUCUUUAAGGCUGCAAUACAAUAUUCAGUUCCCUUCUUAAAUAGCAUUCUAUCCACAUUUACACAGAAACAUUUUUCUUUUUUUUGAUAAAAAAAAUUAAUCAAAUAAUAUUGCCUUCAAAAUAUUUCUUCAAAAUAUUACAC